GCAAAAUCCACACUCUCUACAAAAGCAAAAAACACCACUUCUUUGUUUUCUUGAUUUAUAUAUAUACAUAUAUAUAUAUAUAUAUCUGAAUUAAUUCUCUCUCUCUCUCUAAAAUCUGCAGAGAUGUCGACAAAGAUGAUGAGUGAGAUAAAGGCCGGGCUAGAAGGGCCCGUGGGUUCAAUAAUCUCGGCCCAAACAGUGGAGUGCGAUUGCUGCGGGCUGAUUGAAGAAUGCACUCCAUCGUACAUCCAAACAGUUCGAGAGAUGCAUGGAGGAAAAUGGGUCUGCGGGCUUUGUGCAGAGGCAGUUAAAGACGAGGUUUUGAGGUGCGAGAAGAUGCUGAUAAGCCCGGAGGAAGCCAUGGACAGACAUCUGAGCUUCUGCAACAAGGUUCGGGCUUCGGGCCCUCCGAAGGACUCUACGGUGCGUUUGAUUCGGGCCAUGAGUCGGGUCAUGAGGAGGAGCUUCGAGAGCCCGAAGUUGACCACGAUUCGGGAAGGGGGCUGGGAUCCCGAAUAUGACCCUGCUUGAGUGCAAAUGUGGCUUAGGAUUGUGAGGGUAGUAUCGUCAUUUUAGGCGUGCGAUACGGUUAUUUUCCGAAUUUGACCCUGCUUGAGGUAGGAAUGAUGAAUGUCUAGGAUACCGAGGGUAGUUUCGUCUUUUCGGAUGUGCUUGCUACCAUUAAUGUAAUUACAGUAUAAAUUUUAUUACUAGUGAACAUUUUAA